AUGUCUCCGAAACGAUGUCUGCUUUUUAUUUAUCUCAGUCUGUUCCUUUAUCUAUCUAUCUAUCUAUCUAUCUAUCUAUCUAUCUAUCUAUCUAUCUAUAAAACAGUGGCUAGGAUCAAAGUGCCUUGUGCCACAUUCUAUCCCCGUGGGUGGAUUGAUAAAUACCAUCUAUCUAUCUAUCUAUCUAUCUAUCUAUCUAUCUAUCUGAGCCUGUUUAUUAUCUAUCUAUCUAUCUAUCUAUCUAUCUAUCUAUCUAUCUAUCUAUCUAUCUAUCUAUCCGAGUCUGUUUACUAUCUGCCUAUAUAUCCGAGUCUCUUUGCUAUCUAUCUAUCUAUCUAUCUAUCUAUCUAUCUAUCUAUCUAUCUAUCUAAGCCUUUUCAUUAUCUAUCUAUCUAUCUAUCUAUCUAUCUAUCUAUCUAUCUAUCUAUCUAUCUAUCUGCUUUCCACGACCAUAUCUUCUUUAAUCUUUCUUCUACCAGAGGAUUUCUUUCCAUACUUUUUCUCAUUACUGAACAAAGUAAUCUAUCGACUACACCGCAGUCAGUUCAUGUCGCUCUCUGUCGGUUGGUAACUAAAUCAGUUUCUUCAUUAUCUAUCUAUCUAUCUAUCUAUCUAUCUAUCUAUCUAUCUAUCUAUCUAUCUAUCUAUCUGAUCAUUAUCUAUCUAUCUGUCUAUAUACAGACCAAUUACGAAUGA